GUUUCUAGUACUUGUUAUUUUGUUUUUAAAAUUGUGCUCUUCGACCUAUUCAGGGCGCAUGUCAAGUUGCGCGUGCUUUCGAAACUCAGUUUGAUUUAGACUCACUUCCAAAAAUUACUACAGAAACGGAAAGUUUUAGUUGUAGCGAUCGGUGGCCAAAAAUGCGUAUUGUUUGAAAAAUAUUGCAAAAAACGAAAAAAACGGUUAAGAAAUUAAUUAAAAAGUUAUCUUUAAUUUCUAUUGGCGCUUGGAUGUAGAAACCCUGUGAAUACGUUUAUUUAUAAAGAAAGAAUUGCAAAAAUUUUAUCAACAAAAAUAAUAAAAGGAAUAUGAUGGGCUAAUAUAUGUAUAUAAAUGGCCUUGUUCACUGAGUAAAUAUAUAAAUAUAAUAUAUAUUCACUUAAAAUAGUGAAAAUAUGUUUUUAUAUGGAUAUGUAAUGUACGAUUAAGAAAUUCGUAUGUGUAUUGUGUAAACACGGUUAAAAGGUUAGCAACGUGAGAAUGAUGUGUUGCCUCUUCUAAUAAGGGACUUGCGAAUAUGCGUCUAAAACGGUAACCAUACAAUAUGCCUAAAACUAUGCAAUGUGUUAUUGGAUGUUAAAUGAAGUUAAUAUCAUAAUGUGUUUCUACCAAUGAAUAGGUUAAUGAAACGUUGCGAAUGAGAUUCAUGAAUGAAAAACUUACGCAAUUCAAUUAUCAAGAUGAGAAUGGCAUCGAUAAGCGAGAUUAUCGAUCAGCAGUCACUCACUAGUCAACUAGUCGACGACAGCGGUUUGAUAACAACUACUGCAUCGUCAGCGUCUGCUCGACGUGUGUCCGAUGUUGGCGUGAGCGUGGAUCACCCCUCAUUGUCGCAAAAUUUAGCGCUAAUAGAUGGGCACCGUACGCCAUCAUCUUCACCGGCUCCAGUUCUCUCGGCCCACAAUGUCAUCAUAGACGAUCAUAAUGUGGUUGCACAUACAGUGGUAACAACCAGUGAUGGAACCAUCACCGACGUGGAAGGUGCUGGCCCGGUCGUAAUGGUACGCACAAUUAUUGAUGGCCUUAGUCAUAGUCCGGUGCAUUCGACAUUUCAAACACCAACCACUGUUUCUGCUCAAAGUCAACAUGAGCAGCAGGUGAAUAGACAGCAUUUACACAAUAACGAUCAUCAGUUAUAUCAGCACCAACAUCAUCAUCAGCUUGUGACAUCACACCAUCAACAGCUGCUACAAAUUUCAAAUCGACAUCAAAAUCUCCAAAGUCAGCAUCGCACCCAGCAACAUCAAAAAGAUCGUUUACAUGAUGGCAGCUCUGUGGAUUUUGUAAGCUCCGAUGUUAUUCUCGAUGAAUUGUCAGUUUGUUCUUCGCCAAACUCUGGCACUGUGACAAACAUUAUUGAUAUUAAACAGGAGGAUAAAGUGGUUGUAAUAGAGAAGCAUGACUUGGGCACUAAGAAGAUUGGUAAGCGAAGAGAUGAAAAUCCUUGUAGCGAUCGUAGAACCUUAGAUGUAUCCCAUAUUGAUGUUGACGUUGCUGUGGGUGGGAUUAAUGAUCUUUCAACGGACGCAGUGGAGGUGACAUUAAAUCAACAUCACCACCAACAUGUUGAAUUGCACCAACAGCGAUUGCUGCAUCAUCACUAUGUGAGCGGUGGAGGUAGUAGAAAUGGCAGCAAUUCGAUGUCGCAGCAUUCCCAUGACAGUUUACAUGAACAUCAACAGUCACGUCAUGGUCAUCAGAUUAGCGUAUCGAAUAACCACCACAGGAAUACGCAACAGUCUGCACCACAGACAAGUGAUCAUCAGACAUCGCAUCAUGAAACUUUGUCAGUAAUUGUGCAGCAACAUGACGAUUCCCGCGACUCGGCUUCUCAUAUGCUUAGUCCAGAGCUAGGUGUUGUAGAUGAAAACUCGCUGCAACCGACUUCUUAUCAAACUUUGACGUCGGUGAAUGAGCGCAUUUCUCCGCCUAGCUUUAGCCCAACAUCUUCAUAUGCGACAUUGACACCGCUGCAACCAUUACCACCUAUAUCAACAAUGUCCGAUAAGUUUGCUUACGGUGGUCAUAUAAAUGGCGGUGGUGUGAGUGUCGGUGGUAAUUGUGUUGGAGGUGGUGCUGGUAGUAAUAGCAAUUCCUCAUCAAGCGGCGUUGGGCCAUUCGCUGUGAUGCCGCACCAGGGUAGUCUGGGUGGACUGAGUUUAAGCAGCCUUAGUGGACAAUCUCCAUAUUCUUCUUAUGAUAAGCUACCAUCAAUAGGUAUGUCAAUGUCACCACCACACCACUAUGGUACCUCACCAUCGCAUACAAUAUCGAGCAUGGUGGUUGCGUGUGAACUACAUACUGCAUCGCCAAGCCCAUGUGGUGCCCUCUCUCCACAAUCUGCAUACAGUCAUUCUACUGAAUUGCACUCUCCUACGCUGUCGUCUACCUGUAAAACAACUAGCGAUGGUAUUAUCUCUAGCAGUGUCUGCGGUAACACCAGUCUCAGUACUGGAGGAACAUCUCUUCAUAUUAACCAGUCUGAUUCACAAAAGCAGGUUAUAUGUCUUUCCCAACCCGUAACUAGUGGUAACGGAACGGGGGUUGGGGAAAGUGUUGUUGUAACAGGUUAUGAAUCACCAUACAGUAUACAUCAACGGGAUCUUUUGGUGACUACAACGCCAUCGUCCUCCUCCGCAUCCGGUGAACGAAGUUCUCAUUUGCAAUUACAGCACAGCCCUAUUUUGAGUCCACAUUCCAUAUCAGCUGGUUCAGUAUCGUUAAAUUCUCCUGGAAGCUGUAGUAUGGCCAAUCAACCUGUGGUAACAUUGCCGCCCAUAAAUGGAGCAAUGGCAACUCUAUCCGCUGCCUCGCUAGGCAAUAGAGAUAUCGCUGACAUUUCACGGCUGGAACAAGAUGCUGUUGCAGUAUCGCUUACACCAUCGCCUCCACCAAAUGAUAUGAUGGGUACAGCUUCAACUCUCUUAACCAUCCAUCAACCAAUGAGUCAUGCGCAUCCACAACAGCAACAGCAGCAACAACAACAACAUUUAGUCACUGUAACAUCACAACAGCACAACAUUGGCAAACAGUCACAUCCUGUCACCAGUGACUGCAGCUUAAAUGUUAGCAGCAGUAACUUGCGUCUCUCUAGUGUAAUAGGUGGACAAAAUUUGCUUAACAAUAACAAUUUGUUGUGUAAUAUGGGACAGCAACAGCGCCAACUUUCGCAACAGCAUUUUCAAAGUGAUCAACAACAACAUCAAUUACAACUUAAUAUUCAACAUGUAACUACUAUUAACAAUGGCAGUAACAGUUCGAGUGGAUCUAGUGGUUGCAAUACAACAGGUGGCGGUGGCAGUACCUGUAGUAGCAGUGGGGGAGUAAGUGGCGGUGCUGGCACUGGAAGUGGAGGGAGUGGUGCUCUCACUAGCGGUAGCGAUGUGGAGGAAAUCAAUACUAAAGAGCUAGCACAGCGCAUAUCUGCAGAAUUGAAGCGAUAUAGUAUUCCGCAGGCAAUAUUUGCGCAGCGCGUGCUUUGUCGUUCGCAAGGUACACUAUCUGAUCUCCUGCGGAACCCUAAGCCCUGGUCAAAGCUCAAGUCCGGUCGCGAGACUUUCCGACGUAUGUUCAAAUGGUUACAAGAACCAGAGUUUCAACGAAUGUCAGCCCUACGGAUGGCAGCAGCACAGAUACCCCAACGCAGCAGCACCAGCAUCAGCAAUAAUAGCGGCCCAGUGAGCAACUCAAUUAGUGCUAGUACUAACAGCGUUGUCGUUUCAAAUAUCUCCAAUUGUGGUAGUGUAAGCGGAAAUGGGGUGUGCCGUCGUAAAGAAGAGCCUCAUAUAGAACAUAUGCCGCAACCAAAGAAGCCGCGGCUGGUCUUCACUGAUCUGCAGAGACGAACACUUCAAGCAAUAUUCAAAGAAACAAAGAGGCCUUCGAAAGAGAUGCAAGUAACAAUUGCUCGUCAAUUGGGAUUAGAACCGACCACGGUAGGGAAUUUCUUUAUGAAUGCACGUCGUCGUUCUAUGGAUAAAUGGCGCGAUGAUGAUUCGAAAUCUUUAGGCAUGCAUCGUCAAAGUAACAGUGCCAACGGUGGGAACAAUCGUUUAAGUAAUAAUAAUAGCAAUAAUCAUCACCGCAACUAUCAUCACCAACAAUAUCAGCAUUCACAACAACAUUCUCAGUCGCUUUCGCCGAGCAAUCAGCAUUCACUAGAUCUAGAUGACGAUGCUGAUAUGGACUUGGACUUGGGCCAUGAUGAUUUCGACCUAGAAGGUGAACACGAUAAUGAUCCAGAUAAUGACGACAUGUUGUGACACCAUACAGAACAGAUAAUCAAAGAAGAACAGCAACGUCAACAUCGUGAGCAACAACUGCAAGAGAAGAAAAGCCAGUCACUACAGCAGGAACAGCCAGACGAAACACAACAACAGUUGAAGAAAUAUAAAAAUAGACGACUUCAGCAAAAAUUCAACAAAAACACAUACACACGUGAUAUUUCAUCACUGCAACAAUCACGCGACUUGCGUUACAAACGUUAUGAACGUAUGCGCGCAAGGUCGGCUAGAAUAUCCACUUCAGUUUCGCCCUUUAAUUCCGCGGUAUCAGUAGUACGUUUCGGUGAAAUUCUCUUGAGCAAUAAGAAUAACGUUAAGGCCAAAAGUAAACCUUACCCAACAGAUGCAACUACAACAACUAUUGUAGCUCGAGAUAUGUGCGGUAUGGAAUCGGAGAGCACCACCACUGUUUUACGUAUCAAUUUAAGUAAUGAUCCAGUACGUAAUGAUGCACACAAUGAAUCCCUGCCAAAUUUGGAGGCGAAGCGCCAAGCAGAUGAAGAUAAAAUUAUUGGUUUUAAAUCUAAAUACACUUAUAGAGAACGCAACAAUAAUGUGCAAAACAGUCAAAUUUUAGUUAGUGAAACUCACAACAGUUUUGACAGAAAUUGUGGUGACGAUACCAAAAAUUUAAGUAAGAAGCGAUUGAGCUUUAAAUUUGACAAUUUUUUAAGGCAUAUCGACACCGAAGAUAGCUACUCAGACAGAAAUGGCAUCAAUAUUGUUCAAAGAAAUACCAUUGAUGACGAUGUCGAUUUUCGGAAUGCCUCGCAAUUCAUGACAACGGACCUAGUCGAACAUUCAAUAAAUAGUAGUAGUAUGGAUCAGUUUCUUUUAUCAUCGGAUGACGAUUCAGAUUGCAGUAAUCUGGCAAAGCACCUUGCAGUUGCUGUUAGGGGUUGUGAUGAUAGCGGACAAGAAGAAAAUGAUAACAACUUUAAAAUCAGACGAAGUGAGAAUGAAGGCGUCAAUGGUAGUGCGGUCGUUCAGAGCAUUGCGAACAACGUACUAACCGAAUUCGUCAUUAAAAACGAUGAUUCAGCUGAUAUACUCAUAAGUAGUUGUAACUCGGAGUUAGCUGAGCACAAUGAAAGAGGGCGCUGUGUUCUUAACACCAAUGAGAAAUCACAAAAUUUGGUAGAGAAAUCUGUAAUAUCAUACGAUCAACAAUUGCAACUGGCACAUAAUUCAGAUAUGGACACUGAUUAUAGCCAAGGGCUGUCGACUAACUCGGUAACAUGUAAUCAAGAGAGUGAUUAUUCACCAAUUGCUCAGCAUAACAUGCACGUCGUUGAUGACGAAACUAGUGUAUCUGUACAUGAUGUGCUAGGACCUGCUGGCAAGCAAACGAUGGCGGAGAUACCGAGUAGUAAGGGCGUUUGUGGUGAAUAUAAAUUGAUGCCAAAAUAUAUGUUGUAUAUGGAGUCGAAGCAGUCCCUAAUUCCAAAUGAACAGCUGCAACAUCGAAGGCUGGCAUCGUCGCCACUCAUAAUCAAGACGAAUGCUGAAAAUUCUGGCCACGCUUUGUAUAAUGUUGUAAGCAAUGACGUUGAUUUAAAACAAGUGCAGAAAUUCGAAUGCAUAACUGGCUUCGAUGAUUCGUUGGCACAGGAACGGGCGCAACGCGGCCAACUUCAACCGCUACGAAGCCGCAAGUUAAGCGAUAAUGAAAACAGUAUGGGAGCAGGUAUACCGAUUUGUGUGAGCGAUUGUGUGAAUUAUUUUAAUGAAGAUUUGGAGGAUAAAAAGAUCAUAUUAGUGUGCUAGAUGUAAUGUAGUUAAAACUUAAACUUCACUUUAACAGUUAAUACAUGGUAGUUAAUAGUUUUUAAGCAGAUGAAUAUGCAUUAGUUUGCAUUAAUUGUUGGAAGUACAAUAGGAACGAGUUUUUCUAUAAAAUUCAAAAAAUAUAACAUACAUAUAUGCUGUUAAUCACUUAACUGAUACUUCAAUUUUAUGGAGCAACGUAGAGUUUUCAGUUUUAGUCAAGUAAUCAUGAGACAUAGACGUAAUAGGAAUUGACUUUCUUGUACGUCGUCGUCAACCAUGUACGGCUUCCAAGUCCCUCUGGGCCGAAAUAAACCUGUACGAGUUUCUGCUGACCAACACUUUUUUUGUUUUGUUUUAAUAGUAGGUGAAGCAUCAAAAGCUGGGGUACGGAACUUUAAUCCGCAAAACUUAACCUACUCCCAACUCAAGAUUCUCCCACGGAGCCACCGGAUUAAGUAUUACUAUGUGGCCACAAGACAUUUUAAGUCUGCUCUAUUGCGCGGACUUACGGCCGCUUAAUCUGUUGAAAAAGUCUCCGUUUUGUGAUUACACAUUUUGGUGCUCUUGUUCCUCCCUUUUUGUCUUUGCCGAUACUGUUUUAGGCGCUAAUAGCUGCUAUAAUCGCUAGAGCUCUUCUCCCUGGAUGUCAAUUGGCGGUAUACCGGCUAAUACAAUACUGCAGCAGGUAUGGCUACUAAUUAUUCGUAUUGCAGAAAACCUAUGCACUGUGUUAAUUGAUUUUGUAUAAGAUAUGACGUUUAGAGUCUGGAUCCAUAUUGAAUCCGCGUACAAUAUUACUGAGCUCAUAACGUUUGCGAUUAGAGAUCGCCGGCUGGAACCUACCACCGCACAGCCUCUCUUUGACAUUAUUCUUGAUAAAGCGUUAUAGAUCUUAUUUGGUUUUCCUGACGUGUACACCACGUGCUCCUUGAAUUUAAGUCUUGGGUCUAAUAUUACCUUCAGAUACUUCAGUUGUGACUGCGAAGUAAUCUCGCAAUCUCUCAUAGUGGGCACUCUUCUGUCUUCAUUUACUGCUAUAGACAUUCUGUUCGUCUGUCUAUAUGUAUAUACGCGAUAUCAAUCUGAAAUUUUGUACACGUCUUUUUCUCCUACUAAUUUGUCUGAAUCGCCGAUAUCGGACCACUAUAGCAUGUCCUUGUAUGGAAAACUUUUUUUUGUGAUGAGGUAUAUUUCCGAAAUUUUGAAUGAACUAUUCAGGGCAAUUGUACAAUCUCCUAAGAAACUUUUUAGAUCGUACCACUAUAGCGUAUUGCUAUAUUAACAGACCUUUAAUCGGUCUGAUCAAGAUAAAGAUAUUUUUUCGCCAUUUUAUAAUAUAAGAAAUGCACCUGUGAAAGGAUUAUAGCUUCGGUGCAGCCGAAGUAAACAUUUUUUCCUGUUUGUUAGCUGCAACUGAACAUUUGCUCUAAGAAUUUCAAUACUUUUUUCUAUAUGUGCUUAAAUAUAUAUAUAUACAUGUAUUUUUUUAUGGUUUUAGCACGCGUUAGGAGAUAAUAAAUAACUGAAUGUACUGUCAAGGCGGGCGCGUAGCAGAGUUGCUUGGAAAGCAUUAUUACGCCAGGCCAACGUCGAAUAGGGUUGAUAAGGCUAGUUAAAGAAAAAAGAAGAAACUUGCAAAGCAGUUACAGCAACAUGAUAAGUGCGGUUCAUCGGCGAAACAAGCAGCUGGAUAUUUCUUUAAGAUAAAUUCUCAUAUUAUGCUGUAAAGCUUGCUUUUAGUGCAAAUUUUCAUAAGCAGAUACGCUGGUAUAUAUAUUAUAUUGAUAUUGAUAUAUAAAUUUUAUAUAUGUAUAUAGGUGCAGAUAAAUACAAACAAUGCUUCUAAAUGGUAAGUUUGCAUAUGCAUAUGAAAACGUAAUUGUAAAUCAAAGGGCAGUUGAUGCGAUUUUUCCUUUAGACAUAUACAUACAUAAAUAUGUACUUAUUAAAUAAUUGGCUGCUUCUAACCCAUAUGCAUAAGCAAACGUAUAAACAAGCUUACAAAUGUAUUUACAUAUAUAGAACGGUUUUUAUUGAACAUACAUACAUGUAGUCAUUAUGCAAAACUACCUAAAAAUUAUUCAUAUGAAUGAUAAAAACAAGAGUAGUAUUUAAAACUUAAUGGAAAUAUUAGAGAAAUUAAACAUAUUUAAAGAAUUUAACAUAGAACAUGUUUAAAAAGCGAAAUUAAAACAAAUAUAUAUAGGCCUCUGAAUGCAGGCUUUUGAAUAAAAAUAACUAAUAAGGUGUACAACAAAUCCAAAAAGAUAUAUAAGAUAAUAUAUAUUUAAAAAAUUUAACAUAGGACAUGAUAUAAAAAGCGAAAUUAAAAAAAUAUAUAUAUAUAUGCUGGUGGAUGAAGGCAUUCGAAUAAUAAUAAAUAAUAGGGUAUACAACAAAUCCAAAGAAAAAAAAUCAAAUUAACUCAAUUGCUGGAAUUUUAAGCUAGUCAAAUGCAAAAAUCGUCUGUGCAACAAGGCAAUUAAAUAAAAGACAACUUGCUAAAUUCAUAGGUUAAGUAAUAUUUGUAUGUGUAUAUGCAAUGAAUGAAAUAUAGUGAAUUUCCUGUUAGCGCACAGUGCACUAUGUUUAAA